AUGGCCACCAACAUGGCUAACAGUGCUAACCAUCUGCCCUACUUUUUUGGCAAUAUUACACGUGAAGAAGCAGAAGAUUACCUGCUGCAAGGAGGGCUGAGUGAUGGACUAUAUCUGUUGCGCCAGAGUCGAAACUACCUUGGUGGUUUUGCUUUGUCCCUGGCACAUGGAAGGAAGGUUCAUCACUACACAAUUGAAAGAGAGCUGAGUGGAUCUUAUGCCAUUGCAGGAGGGAAGUCACAUAUGAGUCCUGCUGAACUCAUUAGCUAUCACUCAGACGAAGCUGAUGGUCUUGUUUGUCUACUGAGGAGACCUUGCAACCGGCCACCAGGUGUUGAGCCAAAAACAGGACCAUUUGAGGAUUUAAAAGAGACCCUUAUCAGGGAAUAUGUCAAACAAACUUGGAACCUACAGGGUAAUGCCCUCGAACAAGCUAUUAUUAGUCAAAAACCACAGCUGGAGAAGCUGAUUGCCACUACUGCCCAUGAGAAGAUGCCUUGGUUCCAUGGGAAGAUCUCUAGGGAAGAAUCAGAGCACCGUGUUCUUUUAGGGACAAAGACCAAUGGAAAAUUUUUAAUCAGGGAAAGGGACAACAAUGGAUCCUAUGCUCUCUGUGUGUUCAGUGAAGGGAAAGUACUGCAUUAUCGUAUUGACAGAGACAAGACAGGAAAGCUCUCUAUACCAGAUGGAAAAAAGUUUGACACCCUCUGGCAGUUAGUUGAACAUUAUUCAUACAAACCAGAUGGGCUGCAAAGGGUCCUCACAAUUCCAUGUGCACGACUUGGCUCAGAAAAUGCUAACAUUAUUUUUGACACCCGUCCACCUCCACUUCCCGGAACCCAUCCUAAGACUUGGUCAACAGGUGGAAUUAUCUCAAGACUCAAAUCGUACACCUUUCCAAAGCCUGGCAGCAAAAAGUUCCAUCCAUCCAUGCCUCAUGAUGAUUCAGCAUCUUUUAAUCCUUAUGUGCUGCAGAGGACGAGAGCUCUAAUGGGAGCUGAACAAGGAGAUCAGAGGGAUGCCUUGCCCAUGGACACAGAAGUCUAUGAAAGUCCAUAUGCAGAUCCAGAGGAGAUAAAACCCAAAAAUGUCUCACUAGACAGAAAAAUGCUGUCUCUGGAUGAAGAAGAACUUGGCUCUGGUAACUUUGGUACUGUAAAGAAAGGGCUCUAUAUGAUGAAAAAGGGUGCCAAGCCAGUAGCUGUAAAAAUUCUUAAGAAUGAGAAUAAUGAUCCAGCCGUAAAGGAUGAAUUACUGAGAGAAGCCAAUGUAAUGCAGCAACUGGAUAACCCAUACAUUGUCAGAAUGAUAGGCAUAUGUGAAGCUGAGUCCUGGAUGUUAGUAAUGGAGAUGGCGGAACUUGGACCAUUAAAUAAAUUUUUGCAGAAAAACCGACAUGUCAAGGAAAAGAAUAUAACAGAGCUGGUGCAUCAGGUUUCCAUGGGGAUGAAAUACUUGGAAGAAAACAAUUUUGUGCACAGGGAUUUGGCUGCAAGAAAUGUGUUGCUAGUUACCCAACAUUAUGCCAAAAUUAGUGACUUUGGACUUUCCAAAGCUCUUGCUUCUGAUGAGAAUUAUUACAAGGCACAAAGUCAUGGGAAAUGGCCAGUCAAGUGGUAUGCUCCAGAAUGUAUGAACUUCUACAAAUUUUCUAGCAAGAGUGAUGUUUGGAGCUUUGGGGUUCUAAUGUGGGAAGCUUUUUCCUAUGGGCAAAAGCCAUAUAAGGGAAUGAAAGGAAGUGAGGUUGCCCAGAUGAUUGAAAGAGGAGAGCGAAUGGAAUCUCCUGAGGCUUGUCCAACUGAGGUCUAUGACUUGAUGAAACUGUGUUGGACAUACAAGAUUGAUGAGCGACCAGGAUUUUCUGCUGUUGAGCUCAGACUACGUAACUACUAUUAUGACAUUUCACAUUAA